ACUAUUUUAUUUGAGCUGCGUCGGCCCCACUGGUCAACAGCUGUUUAUUAUUACUUCAUCGUUCUGUUUUUUAUUGAAAUUUUGGAAAAUGACACAGUACUUGAGUCAACUUAACACCGCCGAUAAGCUGGCCGCCGAGCCAUGGCCUGAAGACGCCACUAUCUACCAGCCAUAUGAGGCCGAGCAGAUUCUGCUGCCGGAGAACGCUAGUUGCCUGGCAGUAAAGGCCUACCUGAAGAUGUGCAACCUCCCCUUCGGUAUCCGAUCCUGCGCCAACGCCGAACACAUGUCCCCGGGUGGAAGGAUGACCAAGUUGCCAUUUAUCAGGGCUGGCGCGUUCAUUUUCGCCGAGUUCGAGCCGAUCGUGAAUUUUGUGGAACAAAAGGACAUGGCCAUUGGGAGCUGGCAGGACGAGGACGAAAAGGCUGACAUGCGGACUUACGUGUCGUUGGUGGAAAACAUAUUUACCAUGGCCGAGCUGUACAUCAGCUUCAAGAACGAGCGCGUUUACAAGGAGGUAACUGCGCCAAGAAACGGAGUCGUCUUUCCCUGGCCUCUCAACCACAUGCAGAACUAUGGUAAACGGCGGAAUGCCUUGAAGUUACUGAAGGUCUAUCAGUGGGAUGACCUGGAGAUCGAGAACGUCAUCGAGAAGGUGGCCAAGUGCUGCGAGACGCUGGAGUAUAAACUCAAAGAGUUCCCCGACACACCCUUCUUCUACGGCGAUCAACCCUGCGAGCUGGAUGCCAUCGCAUUUGGGCAUCUCUUCAGUAUCCUGACCACAAAUUUGCCUAACAUGGCGCUGGCCCAGACUGUGCAAAAGUUCAAACACCUGGUCGAGUUCUGCCGGUUCGUCGAUGAGAAAUACUUUCAGACCAGGUGCCUGCAAGAUUAGUUUUAAUGUUAUUAUUUCGACAAAAAUGAUGGUAUAAGUGCCAAAUUAUAGAUCAAAUAUUAUCAUUUCUAUUUA